CCUGCCGCAUACUCCCGUUACCGCGCGCGCUCACCCUCCCGCGCGCCCAUUUUGGCGGCUCCAUCCCGCGCUUGACUCCUCUCGCUCGCGCGACCCCUCUCCCGGCUUCCUCCCUGUCGCGCGGCCGUCGCCUCCUCUCACUGCUCCCGCCUCCUCGCGCCGCCGCCGCUCGUUGUCGCCAUGUUCAAGUGGCCGCGCCCUGCCGGAGACGCGCCGACGAGCCGCUUGUACCCCCUUCCGCCGGUGCCGCUCCCGCGCCCUACUGCCGUGGCAGAGCUGCUCCCACGCGCUGCCCUCCUCGCACCGGCGCCGGUCGUCUCGAUGCCUCUAGAGGAACCCGGGUUCGCUUAUCCGCCAUCGAACUUCAGUGGCCAGAUGCGUGAGGAUCUGCUCAAUGGUGAGCAAUUCGUACGGGAUGGCUGCAGUGGUGAUAUGGGUUUAGGGUCAUAUCUCAGCGAUCUCAUAAAUCUGCCUGUACAAGAGUCUCAAGAUCAUGGUCCUGCAGCAGCUAAAGGAUCCCAGGGAAGAACAAAAAAUUUCAGAGAUGAUGAGGACAGACUGCUUGUGUCUGCAUGGCUAAAUGUGGGCAUGGAUAUUAUUCGAGGAGUUGAUCAAUCACAAGCCUCCUAUUGGGAAAGAAUCCAUGACUAUUUCCAUGCUAAUAAGUCAUUCGAGUCAGAUCGUACACAAGGUUCUUUAAUGAAUCGAUGGUCCACUAUACAACAUGAUGUCAAUACUUUUUGUGGAUGUGUGACCAGGAUUGAGGAUAGAAAUCAGAGUGGUUGCUCAGUUGAUGACAAGAUUGCAGCAGCAUGUGCAUUGUUUAAGUCAGAAGACAAGAAACAUAGGAAUUUUGCCUUAAUGCAUUGCUGGAGAAUUCUGAAGGACCAGCCCAAGUGGAUAGAAAGACGCAAGCAAAUUGGUGGACCAAAAACAACUAGUAAUAAGAAACAGAAGACAAAGGAAAACUCUUCUCCGUCAUCACUUCUACCCGUAGUCACAAAUGCUAGUAGCGGUGCAAAUGAAGCACCAGCUCAAGAUUCUUCACAAAGACCGGAUGGAACCAAGAAGGAGAAAAAGAAGCUACGCCAACGUUCGACCAUCGAAGCAUUGGACUAUCUUGCGGCAAAGAUUAAAGAAGCUGAUGCUCUGAAAGAUUUGAAGAAAGAAGAGAGAUGCAACAAGGUCUUUGCUCUGCAGGAGGAAAAGAUCAAGUUGGAGAGAUAUCUGCAGGUGGAAAAGAUGAAGUUGGAGAGAGAGAAAUUUGAGUUCGAAAGAGAGCUGGAAGAAGACAAAAUUAUUGCUAUGGAUUUGAGCACAAUAGCCUUUGAAGAACAGCAGUAUUUCCAAUAUCGUAAGAACAAUAUUCUAGAAAGGCGUUUGAAUAUCUAGAUUUUGUCACGAUUUAGUUCGGGUUCAGUUCUGGAACUGUUUAGGUCAGGUUUAAGUUCAGUUUAGUUGAGUCUAUCGUUGUUUACCUUUGUCGGUCAUGAAACUAUUUUUAUCAUCUGGAUGCCCUGGAUACUAUUGUUUCUGUCAAAAGUGAACCUGUGUCCAUGUAUUCGACACCUUAUCUUGUGCUGGGUUGGAAAAUGUGUCUAUCAUCUU